AUGACGAGGCUCAACAAGGAAAGACUUCAAAUACCUGACCUUCACAUUACGGCAGCUGUCUUAGCCUUUACAUACACCAUAAGGUGUGAAGCCUUCAAGAUAUCCUUAUCGAAGACACCGCCACAAACAGUGACCGACCUCCUCACCCAAGCUGAAAAAUACAUUAGUAUGGAGGAAACGCUGAAUCCAAGGAGAUCUGGUCCUUCCCACGAAAAGGCUGAGAGCAAUAAGCAACAUGAUCCCGUUUCCCGACAAGAGCAUCCUUGGGAAAAGCACAAGAAUGAAGGGCCACUAGGGCCUCUCACCCGAUUGAAUAUCUCCAAGGCACAUAUCUUAAUGGAGAUCAAAGAUAUGAAAGAGUUGAAGUGGCCUUCAAGAAUGAAGUCGUCCCCUGACACAAGAGAUAGGAGCAAGUAUUGUGAAUUUCACCGAGAUCAUGGGCAUACCACGGAGGAUUGUCAAGCCUUGCAGCAGGAAAUUGAAGCCCUCAUUAAAAAAGGGCUCUUAAGAAAAUAUAUUUGUCAUGAUAAACGCCCGAGAAAAGAUCGUGACAAUCAAAAAGAGCUUGGAGCUGGAAGCAGUGCUCAACCCACUGUCGGGACCAUUAAUAUUAUCAUUGGAGGCAUAGCAUCUGGAUGA